GCCCGCCUCGCCCCCUCCCGGGCCUCCUCCGGCUCUCUCUCUCUCCCUUCCCCUCGAGCCUCGGAGGAGCCCGCAGCCGCGGGGCGCCCGGGAAGAUGGCGGCGGCGGCGGCGGUAGCCGGCGGCGAGGGGGGCGCGGGCGUGGGCGGCGCGGCGGGGCCCGAGCCGGGAUCGGGGCCGCGCGGGCCGGACCCCUCCGCCGAGGCGUGCAACGACGCCCGGGGCCCGGCGCCCGCUGCGCUGCACCCGGAGGAGGUCGCCGCGCGGCUGCAGCGGAUGCGCCGGGAGCUGAGCAACCGCAGGAAAAUCCUGGUGAAAAACCUGCCCCAGGACAGCAACUGCCAGGAAGUUCAUGAUUUAUUACAAGACUAUGAGUUAAAGUAUUGUUAUGUGGACAGAAAUAAGCGAACAGCUUUUGUUACCUUACUGAAUGGAGAACAAGCCCAGAAUGCAAUUCAGAUGUUUCAUCAAUAUUCAUUUCGAGGAAAAGACUUACUAGUCCAGCUCCAGCCAACAGAUGCUUUGCUAUGUAUUACCAACCUGCCCACUUCUUUUACGUUGGAAGAGUUUGAAGAACUUGUUCGUGCUUAUGGAAAUGUCGAGAGAUGUUUUCUGGUCUACAGUGAAGUUACUGGCCAUUCCAAAGGCUAUGGAUUUGUGGAAUACAUGAAAAAGGACUUUGCUGCAAAGGCUAGAUUGGAGCUACUGGGUAAACAGUUGGGAGCAUCAGCUGUCUUUGCACAGUGGAUGGAUGUUAAUCUCUUGGCCACAGAGCUCAUUCAUUCUAAGUGCCUUUGUAUAGAUAAACUCCCUAGUGACUACAGGGAUUCAGAGGAGCUGUUGCAGUUUUUUUCCAGUAUCCAUAAACCUGUGUUUUGCCAGCUUGCACAGGAUGAAGGUAGUUAUGUUGGUGGCUUUGCGGUGGUUGAAUAUAGCACUGCAGAGCACGCUGAAGAGGUUCAACAAGCAGCUGAUGGUAUGACCAUCAAGGGAAGCAAAGUUCAAGUUUCCUUCUGUGCCCCGGGAGCACCAGGGCGAAGUACAUUAGCGGCAUUGAUAGCAGCUCAACGCGUGAUGCACAGUAAUCAAAAGGGCUUACUUCCAGAGCCAAAUCCAGUGCAAAUUAUGAAAAGUUUAAACAACCCUGCCAUGUUACAAGUUCUUCUACAACCCCAGCUCUGCGGGCGAACUGUUAAACCAGCAGUUCUUGGAACACCUCACAGCUUGCCACAUCUGAUGAAUCCAUCCAUCUCCCCUGCAUUUUUACAUUUGAAUAAAGCACAUCAGAGCUCAUUUAUGGGUAAUACUUCUAAUUUAUUUCUUCAGAAUCUUUCUCAUGUACCACUGGCACAGCAACAAUUAAUGAAGUUUGAGAAUAUUCAUACUAAUAAUAAACCAGGCUUACUUGGAGAACCCCCAGCUAUGGUACUUCAAGCUGCAGUAGGGAUAGGGUCACCGCUUCCAUUGAAAACAGAGUUGGGCCAUCUUGGAGAAGCACAUAAAACAUCUAAUUUGAUUCCAACUCAAACAACUAUAACAGCUGGCAUGGGCAUGUUACCCUUCCUUCCAAAUCAGCACAUUGCUGGACAAGCUGGGCCAGGGCAUGGGAACUCUCAGGAGAAACAGCCAGCCUUGGUGGGGAUGGCAGAAGGAAAUUUCUCAGGGUCACAGGCUUAUCUUCAGAGCUUUCCAAACCUUACUGCUGGAGGCUUGCUCAUGGGACAUCAUAAACAACAACAAAGUCAGCCAAAAGGCCUGGAGAUAAGUUCAGGGGCUGCCUCUAAGAAUCAGACUUCACUCUUGGGAGAACCACCGAAAGAAAUUCGGCUCAGUAAAAAUCCAUACUUGAACUUAGCAAGUGUGUUGCCCAGUGUGUGCUUAUCAUCCCCUGCAAGUAAAAUCACUCUACAGAAGACUGGAAUUGCAAGCAACAUUCUGGAUGCAAUCUCUCAGGGAAAUGAAUCGCAACACCCAUUGGAGAAGUGCAUUGCUUAUUCUCAACCUUUUGGUGAUUAUGCACAGGUAUCAUCUUUAAGAAAUGAAAAGCGAGGCUCAUCAUAUCUCGUCUCUGCCCCAGAAGGUGGUUCAGUGGAAUUUGUUGACCAGCAUUCUCAGGGCACAGGAGCAUAUUACAUGGAAACCUACUUAAAAAAGAAGCGAGUAUACUGAGUUAAGUUCUCUCCUUAUAAACUCAUAAGGUUCUUUGCAGUAUCUCUGCUGUUCAUCGCUGCCUUAACUACAUUCAAACUAGCCAUAUCCUUUAAAUACGGGUUUAUAAUUUCCCAGAAGGAACUGUGUUGUGCAGCAGGCAGAAUUGCCAAAUUAAAAAAAUAAGUAGCAAUAAGAAGAGACAUCAAUUGAGGACACAGUCCGCUAGAAUUAGAUGCAUCUUAAUGUGAUAUUAACUUACAGUCCAUUGGAGAAAUUAACAUAUGUUCCAAUAUUCCUUGUUUAGGACUGGGAAUAAUUUUGACACCACAUAUAAAAGUUUGAAGCAAUAAAUGGGAAACAUUCUUGUUUCCUGGGCCUUAGAAUAAAUUUCUUAUAAGCCAGUGUGCAUUUCAGUUUAUCGAUACUUCCCCUAGAAGUAAUCUCAUUUCAGAUUUUUAGAAUUUUUCCUAGAAUUACAAGAAUGCAAGUACACAAUGCAGUGAUUGGUAAUGUUAUAAAGAUGCUCUACAUACAAACAAUUAUUACCCCCACACCAGUCAUACAGUAUAAAACUCAAACACAGAGUGACAGUGACAUCCAAGGUAUACACUACUACAGAUGCUUUACUCUUAAUAUAUUAUUUACCAUUUAUACCUCUUGUGAAAAACACAAGGUGUUUUUUUUUUUUUUUUUUUGAAGUAGCUUUGCUGAUCUAAUUUCAGGGACUGGCAAACUACUCCCUGCAGUCAAAAAACAGUCCUCCAGCUGUUUUUGUACUGCCUGCAAGCUAAGAAUGAUGUUUACAUUUUUAAAUGUUUGGAGGAAAAAAAAUGUAUGACUUGAAAUUCAAAUUUCAGUGUCCAUACAUAAAAUUUUAUUGGAACACAACCAUGCUCAUUCACUUACAUAUCAUGUAUGGCUAACUUCUGUGCUACAAUGGCAGAGCUGAGUGGCUGCAAAGCCUAAAAUAUUUACUAUCUAUCUGGCCCUUUAUAAAGUUCGAAGACUCCUGAUCUAAUACCAUUAAUUCCCUAAUCCUUUUAUUUCACACCUACAAAAAGACCUUUAACUUUUACAACAGAUUUGUAAGUGGCAGGGAACAUAGGUUUCUGUGUCUUAAUUUCAUAGCAUAGUGAGGAUUCAUUUACUAGAACAGGGCACAUUUUGGUCAUCAGAUGCCCUAUUUCCACAAUAUAGUAAAGCAGUCAAUUCUGCCCUUUCUGAGGGAGUGUUAUGGAGUAACAGUAUUUAUAACCAUUUUGAGAUAAUAAGCUAUACCUCACUCUCUGCUUUGUCUAUUAGUCUUCUUUUGCAGUGUGUUAGGCUGAAAAAUUAUCAGCUAUUUCACCCAAUUUACUUUUGAAAGAAUUGUGUUUAUUGCAUAUAACUUUUGAAUCACCAUUUCCUGAAGACCUUGGUAUUAAAUGCAUGAGAAACCCUUUUGCUAUCUAGAAAUUUCUAAGUUUGUUCUUUGUUAUGAGACAUUAAUUGAUGAUGUGGAGUUUAGGGGUCUCAGUGAUCCUAGUCUUUUGAAAUAAGAUCAUUAAAUAUCUUAUAUUUAGGGGACUUACUGACUAUGAUAGAAGAUCUCUCUCCUGUUUUAAUUAUGAAGUUUAAAAUUGGUACACAUGUAUGAAUGAUUUAUAAAGAAUUUUACUUGGUCUAAUGUAUUGCCUAUAUUAACUUCUAUUGGCAAAUGACAGCUAGAAAGUUAAAAAUUAUUAGAUAAUUUCUAAUAAGUAUACUACCUAUAAAUAACUGAUCAGGAUAGGCAUCACUCAAUUCUGACUCAGCAGAUGAAUAAUGGGUUCUCCAUGCUCUGCACUUCUUCCCAUUUUCUUCCUGUUGCAUUGAGCUUCUUCAGUGCUUUGUCAGUCACACCUCUAUGACAGUACAAAUAGAAGAAAGGGAAGAUGGUGAAUUUUAAAAAUGUAAGCAGGAAGAGGUUGAAAGGACUAAAAGGUAUUUUGGGUUAGCAAAAUGUACAGAUGGUCUACCAUCUGUACUGGCCUGUGCCCCAUUAUUGUUGGGACACAACAGAUAAGUACAAAUCAAGUGGUGUGGUGUUAGUAAUAAGGACCAUUACCAAUGCUCUCCCCACCCCCAGCCUAUACUGUUAUUUUUCUAUGUAAACAAAUUGUUUGAAAUGCUUUGAAAAUGAACUCUUAAUAUUAAAAGGCACAUGCAUGUGAAGUCUCUAGUAUAUUUAUUUGUAUAAAGAGUAAACAAAGUGCAUGUAGGGUGGCCACAGGUUGACAUAGACCUUGGUGAUGUAGGGUUACUGGACAAAUUUGAAUGGCUGUUGCCAUUGAAUCAAUACACAACUCUUUUUCAGGCUCAAAGGUGAAAA